CAUCCCACUUUCUCGGCCGUCUACGACUUCGACACUUAAUAUGGAUUAAUUUUGUCGCUAUGCCUUCUCUGGUUGUUGCUUUCAUAAUACUUGUUGCUGCUUUCUAUCCGUCCUACUCGCAUCCGCCGCAUCAUUACAAUGUUCUGCGCUCAAAGGCCUUAAAAUCAACAGACCCCGGACGUGACAAUCCUCACAGAGAGAAAAUAUUCAUCGCAAGCAGUAUCUAUGACAAGCAAGGCGAACUUGCGUCUGGACCAUGGGCAAAGAAUCUACUCGACCUUGUAGAACUUUUGGGACCCGGGAACGUGUUUCUCAGUAUCUUCGAAGACGACCCAGACAACUUGGCAAGAGUUUCCCUAGAGCACUUCUCAAAGCAAGUCAAAUGGCAUAUUGAUCGCGCGGCCUUGCCACACAUAAAGCUUCCGACCGGCGAACAGAGACUCAAACGUAUAGAGUUCCUAGCUUACGUACGCAACCGAGCAUUAGCACCUUUGGAAGACCCGAAAUCACCCGCAUUUUCAGUACACUUCGACAAGCUACUUUACUUAAACGAUAUUAUCUUCGAUCCCAUCGAUGCUGCAAACCUCAUUUUCUCUACUAACGUCGACGAAACCGGCAAGGCUAACUAUCAUGCUGCCUGCGCUGCCGACUUUAUCAACCCUUUCAAAUACUACGAUACGUUUGCAACGAGAGACGAUCAAGGAAAUCGUAUUGGCGUACCCAUCUUUCCGUGGUUCAGCGGUGCAGACAACUCAAGCAGUCGGAGGGAUGCACUUGAUCAGAAAGAUGCUGUGAGAGUCCGAAGCUGCUGGGGCGGCAUGACUGUCUUCAACAGCGCGAGAUGGUUUCAGACAAAUGGCAUACUCUCCCUCCAAACUUCUGAGGACAUCAAAAACCACACACCGAUAACAUCCUUGUUGAGGGAUUCUCCUCACAAUACAACAGAACCGAUUCGUUUCAGAGCCUCGGCUGACUACUGGGACGCAUCCGAAUGCUGUCUGAUUCACGCUGAUCUUGAAGCGGCAGUCCAGCGCUCUGGCUCGUCAUCAGCUGGCAUCUAUCUGAAUCCUUACAUCAGAGUCGCAUAUAGCAGCAAAACGUUUUCACUCCUCCACAUUGGCCGUCGGUUCGAACAUUUGUUUGCUCCACUCCAAAAGUUACUAAGCAUGAGUCUCGGUCUGCCAGCCGAAACCCCUAGAAGAAUGCAAGAGGUCGGAGAACAGUAUGCAGAUAUGGUUUGGGAGUCUGGCGGGUUUCGGAAUGUCACAAGAGUUGCACUUCCAGGUGGAUUCUGUGAGAUCAAACAACUUCUUGUGCUUGGUGAAGGCAAUGCAAUCAGAGAAUGGUUCAAGGAAGUGGUGGAGAUUCCGACUCUUGAAAGA